CAACAGCGGAGACACGUGGACAUCCGGGUAACUGCAAACGGUUGCGUCGUGACGACUUACGUUGUCACACGUAAUGACGUAACAUUCACGUAUACGACGACCUGAAAAUGGCGGAGUAUCUGGCAUCCAUUUUCGGCACAGAGAAAGACAAGGUUAAUUGCUCCUUCUAUUUUAAAAUUGGAGCUUGCAGACAUGGAGACCGCUGCUCGAGAUUGCACAACAAACCAACCUUCAGCCAGACCAUCUUGAUUCAGAACAUCUACCGUAAUCCCCAGAACAGUGCACAGACGGCCGACGCUUCUCGCUGUGCAGUCAGCGAUGUGGAAAUGCAGGAACAUUAUGAUGAGUUCUUUGAGGAGGUGUUCACAGAGAUGGAGGAGAAGUAUGGAGAGGUGGAGGAGAUGAACGUGUGCGAUAACUUGGGCGAUCACCUUGUCGGCAAUGUCUAUGUUAAGUUUCGUCGCGAGGAGGAUGCAGAGAAAGCAGUCAUGGACCUGAACAACCGUUGGUUUAAUGCUCAACCCAUCCAUGCAGAGCUCUCUCCAGUUACUGACUUUAGGGAAGCCUGUUGCCGCCAGUAUGAAAUGGGAGAGUGCACUCGUGGUGGUUUUUGUAACUUCAUGCAUCUGAAACCAAUAUCAAGGGAACUCCGAAGAGAGUUGUAUGGCCGCCGCAGGAAAAGACAUCGCUCUCGCUCACGUUCCAGGGAACGGCGCUCUCGCUCGAGGGAUCGACGACGUGACCGUGAGAGGCGAAGGUCGAGGGACCGAGAGCGCUCUGGACGGUUCUGAUUCUGAUGGUGACCGAGCCCAUUGUCCUACCCCCUCCCUCCUCUCCCCAGCAGUGAUAACAAUUAUUUCCUUUUUGUUAAAUUGUUAAAUGUGUUUUUUUCUUUUAUUCCCUUUUUUUAAAGACAAGCUUAUGUCGCUUUCUCAAUAAAAUACAUUUGUACCACUG